UGUUUUGUUUUGAUACCCUUUUCACUUGAAGCAUAAUUCUGCAGCGUGUAUUGUGCAAUCAUAGAAAUUGAUAUUUUAUAUGUUAUAGAAUCUAUUUUAUCUCUUUUACGCAUCGUAUGUAGAAGUAGUGUUACAUGCGAUGCAUUAUUUCACUGAAAAGCUUAAGACAUUAUUUGAAAAUGCCCAUUCCGCAGAACUUAGGGAAACAUAGAUGCGAUGUUGAAUAUGGGGAAUGGGGUAUGGUGCCUUGUGCUGCAAACGAUCAUCAAAAUGCACGAUUAGGCUCAGGAAGCAGCCAGGCAAGUCAAAGUUGCUCGAGCGGAGAUAUUUGUAGGAUCUGUCACUGCGAAAGCGAUACGUUAAAUCCUCUAUUGGCUCCUUGUUACUGCUCUGGCAGUCUCAAAUAUGUUCAUCAGACGUGUCUUCAGCAGUGGCUUACGGCUAGUGACAUGCGCAGUUGUGAAUUGUGCAAAUUCCCAUUCAUCAUGCAUACUAAAAUCAAGCCUUUCAAUGAAUGGAGAAGAUUGGAAAUGUCUGGUGUUGAACGAAGACGUUUAUGCUGUGCAGUGUUGUUUCAUUGUGUAGCUGCUCUUUGUGUUAUUUGGUCAUUAUUUGUUUUAAUUGAUAGAGCCGCUGAAGAAGUUCAAAGAGGGCUUAUAGCUUGGCCAUUUUGGACUAAGUUAGUUGUAGUAGCUGUGGGAUUUACUGGCGGUGCUGUAUUUAUGUAUAUACAAUGUCGACAAUAUUUGCACCUGUGUAACAGAUGGAGGUCCCAUAACAGGAUUCUGUUGAUUCAAAAUGCUCCAGAAAAGGUACAUAUAAUGUCUCCUUCUCCAGUCCUGGUAAAAAAUGUAACAGGGGCAACCUCAAGGCAGCAAGGCGUUCCUCAAAGGUUUAAUUUUGGUCAAGUUGUUGCAAAUAUAGAAAACAAUCCAAAUAAUCAAGGCAGAACCUUGCAAAAUAAUGAUGAUAGUGAGUCUGGUGAAAAUGAUUCUUGCAUCGAAAAUAUUAAAGAUAAUUCAAAGUUACAUAAUAUGGAAACAAAGAGCACAACAUCUGUAUUUUUAGAAAAUCGUGAUAUUUUGGGAGAAUCUCGAAUUGUAGAUAAUGAAUUUCGACAUUCUACUCUCUAUUUAGAUAAAAAAAUUGUAGAAAAAGCUAAUUCUAAUCGUCGUUAUUCAGAUACAAAGCUAUUACAGAAUCUUAAUAUAACAAAUUUUUUAGGAGUUGGUGUUAAAGAUUGCGUUGAUGGUGCAUUAGGCACAAGUAUCGACAAUGCAAAAAUCUGUGAUGGGGUCAAGAAUAUUCAUGAUAUAGUUGUAAAAAAAGAAACCAAGACGGAAUUAAUAAGUAGCAAUAGUAAAACAGAUAUUUUACAAUUAACUAUUAAGCAAAUUAUGGAUCUGGAUUUAAAAUCAAACAAUACUAAGAGAUCAAUUUUAUCGCUAGACCAAAAAGGGAAAGAUAAUUAUGAAAGGUUGAAUACUGUUUUCAAAUCUUUACCCAACCUAAGUUCUAGUAGUGAAAAUUUAUUACCCUAGCGUGCAUAGUUUUACAUCAACAUUUAUAAUUUCAUAAAUUUAAUAUUUUACAUCAAAUUUAAAGAAAGUUAUAUUUUUUUAUAAUACUCUAA